AUGAUAUUCGAUCUGAGAUCAGCACUCGUUAUACAGCUUCUGCUACUAACAAGCACGUCUAAAGGCUCUGACAUAGAGGAUUUUAAAAGUUUCUUACCAUCAGACAAUGAAAGAGGAACCUAUGAAAAAGGUAUCCCAAAUUCGCCAUACAUGAGCUUCACCCAAUAUGGAAACAAUUUCUUCUUCAAACCAAACUUCGAUCUUGGACCUAAAUACCAAAAACAUCAUUUUAACUCGCCGAAUUACAAAGAAACAAUACCAAUGGAACCGCUAACAACAUAUGUAGAAGCGGAUCUCAAAAAAGUAUUAAAGUACCCUAACGUACCAGUACCUCCGUUAGAAAAUCCAAAAUUGUCUGAGCCCGUUCAAAGACAGCCGAGUGCAGAAAUAAUUCCAAUAGCCAAAAUGGGUGAAGAUACACAAGUUAUAUUGGGGCACGCAGAACCGUUACCAGUAUUAAAAGGUUCACUUAACGUUCGUGAGUUAUUACCAAUUCUAUAUCAAUUCUUUCAACCGUACUUACAAAACGCGCAAGCCAACGAACAAAAGCAAAGAUCAGUACCUUAUAUCAAACCCCAAAGGUCACAAGAGAAAAGGAAUCAUCGAAGGAUAUGUGGACCCAUGUGUAGACCACAAUUGAAUACAAUUGAAGAAUUGCUCAUGCGUGAAACUUAUGGUCAAAUGCCAGAUGGAGGAUAUAUUCCAUAUCUAUAG